AUGUCGGAAGAGGAGGAGCAACCUGCGACGGACACCUAUCCGUGCGCGCCUGCGCCGCCGGUGGAGAUCAAGCUUUUCGUCGCGCGCAUACCGAAGACGCACGAGGAUGCGGAGAUCAGGAAAAUGUUCGAAGAGUUCGGGGAGGUGAAGGAUGUAGUAGUGAUCCGCGACAAGACCACCAACGCACACAAGGGCUGCGCGUUCGUUCGCAUGGUCUCAAUAUCGCAAGCAGACGCGGCCAUCAAGAGUCUGAAUAACAACCUUGUCGUGGACACGGCGCUUGGCGCUGUGUUGGUGAAGUACGCCGCAGGCGAAGCUGAGAGGCUGGGAUUCACCUCCCUCGUGGGAGAGCCCGGUGUCAAUGAAUGCAAACUGUUCGUUGGCAGCAUCCCCAAAACGGGCGAUGAGUCCAUUGUGCGCGAGAUAUUCGAACAGUACGGCACGCUGGACGAUGUGUUCAUUAUGAAGGACCAAAACGGCGUCGGAAAGGGUUGUGCGUUCGUUAAGAUGGCCUACAAGGAGCAGGGCCUCUACGCCAUCCGCUCACUCGAUGGCAUGAAGCAGCUGGACGGCUGCUCCCGCCCGAUGGAGGUGCGCUUCGCCGAGUCCAAGGCGAACAAGCAGCUUGGCGGCGGCAUGCACCACGCCGCCAUGCGCGCUCCCAUGGUCCAACCACCCUACCCCGUGCCAACACCCAGCCAGGUGCGCCAGGUCGGCAUAUGGAGGGAGUACAUUUCUCCCGAGGGCAAGCCGUACUUCUACAACGAACAGACCGGUCACACGCAGUGGGAGCGCCCCCCCGAGUUCGAUAACCCCUCCGGUGCCGGCCAGGCCCCAGCAGGCCCCCCUGGUGCCAAUCUGUUCGUUUUCCACAUCCCCAACGAAUGGACUCAAUACGAUCUCGUCCGCACCUUCUCCCAGUUUGGGAAGAUUUUGAGCUCGCGAAUCGCGUCAGACAAGACGACUGGAAGGCACAAGGGUUACGCCUUCGUAUCAUACGACUCGCCAGAGUCGGCUGCACAAGCUAUACAACAACUAAACGGCUUUACAGUGCUGGGAAAACGACUGAAGGUGACUAUAAAGAAGGGAGACGAGUCGGCGGCAGUGUCCGCAGCCCCGUCUGCCGCCCCUGGCGCAGCUUCUGGGACUGGCAUGGUUGGCAGGAUGCCCACACCGGCGUACCAGACCUACCAGCCCCCCCACGUAGCUGGAGCGCAGCCCUACGGACAACAACCCUACUACGGAUCCUAUCAGAGGUAUGCUCCAUAUUAA